AUGUCCGGCGAUGAUGCUACACGUGAUACGGUGGUUGAAGGUGUGAAAACAAAUAGGCAUGAGAACAAGGAUGACGAUGUGAAAGAUGUUUGUUGUGGAGUGGUUCGCCGAAGACAAAGAUUACUUUCACUUUCUGUGCCUCCAAUGCCGUGGUUCGGUAUUGAUAUAGGAGGCACAUUGGUCAAACUUGUCUACUUCGAGCCAGAGGAUCAUAAUGAUUUUAUUGAAAAUGAAGAAGAAGUUUUACGGCGUAGGAAAAUUCAACGGUAUCUUGUAACAAGCAAAGCCUAUGGAGGUAGUGGUGUGAGAGAUGAUCACCUGCGUCUCUGUAAUGUCGGAAUUAAUGGCAGAGUUGGCACAAUACAUUUCAUUCGAUUUCCAACAGAUAGAAUGCUUGAUUUUGUAUAUUUGGUCAAGAGUAAAGGAUUUGCCGAAAUGAGCAGCACAGUAUGUGCUACUGGUGGUGGUUCUUUAAAAUAUGCUAAGGAGGCAACGGAUUUGGGUUUGCAAUUACACAAAACAGAUGAAUUGGAAUCUUUGAUUAAGGGUAUUGAAUUUAUUGCUGCAACAAAUCCUGAUGAAUGCUAUUAUUAUGAGAAUCCUUUGGAUGACACUUUAUGUAGAAAAGUAAUUUGGCGGUGGUCACAUGGUCGUUGCUCAAGAUCGGAUUUUGUUCCGGAAAGCGAAAAGAAGGAUGGCUUGCAGUAUCCAUACAUUGUUUGUAAUAUUGGUAGUGGUGUAUCUGUCUUAGCUGUACGUGGCCAUAAUCAGUUUGAGCGGAUUGGAGGCAGUAGCAUUGGUGGUGGUUUCUUUCAAGGUAUAUGUGCAAUUAUGUGCGGAUGUGAAACAUUUGAAGAAGCGAUUGAAUUGGCAUCGCGAGGAGACAAUAAGAACGUUGAUAAGCUCGUGAAAGAUAUUUAUGGCUCAGGUUAUGAUCAGAUGGGUCUUCCAGGAGAUGUUAUUGCCGCCAGCUUUGGGAAAAUAUAUAACAAAAAGGAUCGCGAUAAGGCACGAAUUGAAGACCUUGCGCGUUCCGCGCUCGUAACUACAACAAACAAUAUUGGUUCAAUUGCAUUUAACGGAGCGAAAACUUGCGGAAUUGAUCGGAUUGUUUUUGUUGGAAAUUUUCUGAGAGUAAAUCCCAUUGCUGCUAGACUGCUGAGUAAUGCUAUGAAUUUUUGGUCACAAGGAACGAAAAAAGCACUAUUUUUGAUACAUGAAGGUUAUUUUGGCGCAGUUGGAUGUUUGGAUAAAUUGGUCGAUGUUACGGAGACAAGAAGGCGAAUACGUGCUGAAAAUCAAUAG